CCGGCACAUCCGGGUUCCGGCCCCAAGCGGCGCGCUUCUAUACCGGAGCGGGCAGUUGUGUUUGGUACGCUGAGCAGGAGAGAGUGACAGGGCAUGUCAUUGUCCCACUUGUACCGGGACGGGGAAGGCCAAGGCCACAUGGAUGACGAGGACGAGCGGGAGAACUUUGAGAUCACCGACUGGGAUCUCCAGAAUGAAUUCAACCCCAACCGGCAGCGCCACUGGCAGACCAAGGAAGAGGCCACCUACGGAGUGUGGGCAGAGCGAGACUCGGAUGAAGAGAGGCCCAGCUUUGGAGGCAAACGGGCCCGCGACUACUCGGCGCCGGUCAACUUCAUCAGCGCGGGUCUCAAGAAAGGGGCGGCAGAAGAGCCGGAGCUGGAAGGCUCCGACGACGAGGAGAAACCUGUUAAGCAGGAUGAAUUUCCUAAGGAUUUCGGACCAAAGAAGUUAAAAACGGGUGGCAAUUUUAAACCCAGCCAGAAAGGUUUUGCAGGAGGAACCAAGUCUUUCAUGGAUUUUGGCAGCUGGGAAAGACACACAAAAGGAAUUGGACAGAAGCUUCUUCAGAAGAUGGGCUAUGUCCCUGGAAGAGGCCUCGGGAAGAACGCACAAGGUAUCAUCAACCCAAUCGAAGCCAAGCAGAGAAAGGGGAAGGGCGCUGUGGGGGCAUACGGCUCGGAGCGCACCACUCAGCUCCUGCAAGACUUCCCCGUGGCUGACUCCGAAGAAGAAGCUGAGGAGGAAUUUCAGAAGGAGCUGAGCCAGUGGAGGAAAGACCCCAGUGGAAGCAAGAAGAAGCCCAGAUACUCUUACAAGACAGUGGAAGAAUUGAAAGCCAAGGGCAGGAUUAGCAAGAAGCUUGCUGCUCCCCAGAAGGAGCUUUCUCAGGUCAAGGUCAUAGACAUGACGGGCCGGGAGCAGAAGGUCUACUACAGCUACAGCCAGAUCAGCCACAAGCACAGCGUCCCCGACGAUGGGCUCCCGCUGCAGUCACAGCAGCUGCCCCAGCCCGGCAAGGAGGCCAAGGCCCCCGGCUUCGCACUGCCGGAGCUGGAGCACAACCUGCAGCUGCUCAUCGACCUCACAGAGCAGGAGAUCAUCCAGAACGACCGGCAGCUGCAAUACGAGCGAGACAUGGUGAUCAACCUUUCCCAUGAGCUGGAAAAGGUGUCGGAGGUCCUGGAGCACGAGGAACGGGCCAUCUCCAACCUGAGCAAGGUUCUGGGGCUCGUGGAGGAGUGCGAGCGGCGCCUGCAGCCCGGCUGCAGUGACCCCCUCACCCUGGACGAGUGUGCCCGCAUCUUUGAGACCCUGCAGGACAAGUACUACGAGGAGUACAGGAUGUCCGACCGCGUGGACCUGGCCGUGGCCAUCGUCUACCCGCUCAUGAAGGACUACUUCAAGGAGUGGGACCCCCUCAAGGACUGUACGUACGGCACCGAGAUCAUCUCCAAGUGGAAAAGCCUCCUGGAGAACGACCAGCUGUUGUCCCACGGGGGGCAGGACCUCUCGGCAGACGCCUUCCACAGGCUGAUAUGGGAAGUCUGGAUGCCCUUUGUUCGAAGUAUCGUCACUCACUGGCAACCGAGGAACUGUGACCCGAUGGUAGACUUCCUGGACAGCUGGGUGCACAUCGUUCCCGUGUGGAUCCUGGACAACAUCCUGGACCAGCUCGUCUUCCCCAAGCUGCAGAAGGAGGUGGACAACUGGAACCCGCUGACAGACACCGUCCCCAUCCACUCGUGGAUCCACCCGUGGCUGCCUCUCAUGCAGGCGCGCCUGGAGCCGCUCUACCCCCCCAUCCGCAGCAAGCUGGCCAGCGCCCUGCAGAAGUGGCACCCCAGCGACUCCUCGGCCAAGCUCAUCCUCCAGCCCUGGAAAGAUGUCUUCACCCCCGGCUCCUGGGAAGCAUUCAUGGUCAAGAACAUAGUGCCCAAACUGGGGAUGUGCCUCGGGGAGUUGGUCAUCAACCCCCACCAGCAGCACAUGGAUGCUUUUUAUUGGGUCAUCGACUGGGAAGGGAUGAUCUCUGUCUCCAGCCUGGUGGGGCUUCUUGAAAAGCACUUCUUCCCCAAGUGGCUUCAGGUGCUGUGCUCCUGGCUCAGUAACAGCCCAAAUUACGAGGAGAUCACCAAGUGGUACCUGGGUUGGAAGUCCAUGUUCUCAGACCAAGUGCUGGCGCACCCAUCUGUCAAGGACAAAUUUAACGAGGCACUUGAUAUCAUGAACAGGGCGGUGUCCUCCAAUGUCGGUGCCUACAUGCAGCCCGGAGCACGGGAGAACAUCGCCUACCUCACCCACACGGAGCGGAGGAAGGAUUUCCAGUACGAGGCCAUGCAGGAGCGGCGGGAGGCUGAGAACAUGGCCCAGAGAGGCAUCGGCGUGGCUGCCAGCUCCGUGCCCAUGAACUUUAAAGACCUCAUUGAGACCAAGGCCGAGGAGCACAACAUCGUCUUCAUGCCCGUCAUCGGGAAGCGACACGAGGGGAAGCAGCUGUACACCUUCGGCCGCAUCGUCAUCUACAUCGAUCGGGGUGUGGUGUUCGUGCAGGGGGAGAAGACCUGGGUGCCCACCUCCCUGCAGAGCCUGAUUGACAUGGCCAAGUAGCCCGCAGCGCCUGCCAUGGACGGAUUGGGGAAUAAACAAACUAAUUUAAAUCACAGUUGACGUACUUCCUGCUCUGUCUGAAAGGGGACUCACUGCAGUCCCUCCGUGGCGACCACCUCUGCCGACACAUCACAGCGGGUUCAAGUCAGUGGCUGAAGGAUCUUCUGUCUUGUUCCUGAUGAUCUCGAGACCCUCACAGUCCUGGUAAUCCGGUUCUUCCCGAAAGGCCCAAGUGUCCGUGGAGAGUUGUGUUAGCUUCUGUACAGGAAACCAGUGGACGGAGGUGUCAUUAAAUACGUCCGUGUACUGUGAGGUCUGAGGGAGUGCCAGCUCCUCCCCUCCUUUCAGAAUCUGAGCGGGAAAAUUCAAAAGUAAAACAAAGAGUCCCAGUAAGGCCCACCCUCCUGGGUUAGAUUCCCGUUUUACUGUUCACCCCCACCUCCCACGUUAUUCUUUUUCUAAAAAAUAAGGAGUAAGGUAUUUUAGUGCUUUGUGCAAUGAGUUGGAAGCCCCAAGGGCAGUGCCUACGGGAGACCAGAUACUAAGAAUAGAGGAAAUAAUUAAUUAGGAAACGCUGAAGCGAUGCACUAAAACGUCCUGGCUUUCUGGAACACAGACCCCUCGCGCGAGCUGACGGUGCUGUGACCUCGCUGUGCCGUCAGCCCCUCGGGAGCUCCCGCCACUACAGGUGAAAGCGGAAUUCUCCAGGGUGAUGGAGAUGUGUGUGUGGUGUCCCACCCCAGCCCCUUCACUCAGGCAGAUACCUUUGCAACAUACGGAUAAUGUUUCUGCAGAAUCCUUGUCAACAACCUAGAAAAAUUUUUUAAAAAUCUGAUUAGGCGGUUUGAGAGUGGUUUCAUUCAACUUAAGACACAGAAGGGCAAGAUGACUGAAAUAGAUCAAAAAAUCUUUUAAAAAUGUGGGAUGUAGAGUAGGUUAAAUAUUUAGUAGGAGGUGUGAAUGCCCCAGUCAUUGCCCAUUUCAUCAGAGAAGAAUGACAGCAGACACCGAGGCAUCGUGAAGCAGGAGGAUGUUAUGCAGCCAUAAGAAGAGAAAUCAAAUGUUUUUUCCCCAUUUUAAGAAGCUGUUUCUGCCUGUCCUAAGGGAAGGGAGGAAUUAUGGGCAGAGACUCCUUAACUUGCUUCCCAGCUUGACUCAGGGCUGACGUCUCCCAGCUCCAACCCUCUGUCCAGGUCCCCAUGGAGAAGCCUUUGAGAAGCCUUUCCGAGUGUGAAAUGUUUCCUCCUUGUAGGUCAGUCCAAGGAAUGGGUUCACCCCAGGGCCCGGUGGCGCCUCGGCGUUCCCAGGCUUACCUUUCCUCGAGUCUUCUGAAGCUGUUCCCAACGAUGACCAUCUUGGAAAGGGCGGCUAUGGACCAGUUUCUCCACAGCAGGUUGUUGUAGAGCGCCGUCCCACAGUGGAGCAUGUAAAAGACGGUGGGCUCGCCGCACACACUCCGUUUUCCUUCCUGGGGUACAACGUGCACAGGUGUAAACACACUUCUUACAACAAGGUGAGGGAGGGGCAGAGUGCUAAUGAGCUGUGAGUUCUCGCCACCAAAAACUGAAUGUAAUUCUGUGUGGUGCUGAAGGAUGUGUUAGCUCGCUUGCAGUCAUCUUACCAAAAAAAUGCAUCAGAUCAACUAGUGCACCUUCAACUUACACGUUACAUGUCACCACGGGUCAAUGUAGCUGGACAAAUGAUGAGCUGAGGGGAAGGCAAACUGAUGCAUCCAAUGGAAAAAAACUCCUACUACAUUCUCUUGUGAAAUAGUUACACAAGCAGUGCAUGUGAGCAUGUGAGCUCUAUAGGAUUAUACGGGACUACAAGUCAGGAAAUCAUGACGUCCAGAAAGAACUCGCGUUUACUUAACAAAUGCAUGUCCCAUGAACGCAGGAGGCUCUGGACUAAGGAAGGGCCAGCUUGGGUCCGUGACAGCAGACGUCACCGUCCCUCAGGUACCUGUGUUUCCUGAGUCCCUCUCUGCAGCUCCCUGUCGGAACUCAGUCCUUUUCAAACGUGCCCGGGGGGGUCCAUGGGGGGUCCAGUCACCGCCUCCUGAGAACCUCUGCUCUGUGCCAUCUCUGCCACCUCUCCGGCGGGAACAAGCCCCCUGGCCCUUGCUGUCUGGCACCAGCGACCCUAGGCCUCUCUUCUCUCCCUGCAGCUUCCCCGGCCCAUGACACGCUGGCCGUGGUUCCUGAGCAGCGGCUCUGCCCAGGCUGCCUGCAGUCCUGGCUCUCAGCAAGCUCCCGGGAGACCUUCAAAUCCCAGCUCAGACCCAGGAAGCCUUCCUGGACCCCCGGGACAGCACAGGUGUCCUCCGUCUCAGUUCCUAGACGUGGCUCUGCUCGCUGUCCACUCAUCAUGCCCCUGUUCACAGCCACGUGCCCUGCAGUGGCGGCGAGCAGCGCCCACCGCCCUCAGGCUCCCCAGAGCUCCCUGCCUCGCACAGAGCAGGCACUCAGAGCUCAGGAUGACCUGAGCUGAACGGCAGUGUUUUAGGACCCCGCCAACGUCAGAGACUGAUUCUCCUCUCUGCUGGGCCUAAUUUUCAUGUUUCAUAAUAAGCAAUGAGAUGGCGGUUUCAGAACAGAGAGGAAGAAAAUGAUUCUAUGAUCCCCAAGACAAUGCCUGACUAAAUGUAGAGGUAUCUGCCUGGAGUCGCUCCAGCCCUUGGCUUGUGCAAUGAUGUUUUUUCCAGAGGUCUCAGAAAUCUUGAAUGCCAACCUUUUUAGGGGGUGCAGGGUAGGCCAAGGACUUAGCUGUAACUCUCAGCCAGGUGCUAUGCACGUGACUGGUCUACGGCUUCCCCUCACCAGGACACAGGGCACGUUCCAACCGGAAGGACCUCGUUUGAGGUACGGAGACUGCCCUCUGUUCUCCUGCAGCAACAGUAAAUACCAACUCAGCAUAACAUUGGGACACAAUUCUUAACGAGAAUUUUGCAAACCUAACGUGUUCGUGCCCUUGUGUGAUUAUUUUCUUCUGACAGGCACAACAUAGGUCCAAACGGGGUGACAGACCAGCCACAUACGGACGCCCUGGGGAGGAGGCACUGCUAGUCACAGGGCCUGGGGUCAGCCUGGGGAGCAGCUGCCCAGCCCUCCCCGCUCCCCUCUCUUAAACCACGUACCUCGUUCUCACUGAGAACAACCACGCCAAGGGUGCUAAGAACCGCAAUUUCCAGCUGGCUAAACAGAGGGUCAUACACCCAGCAGUGACUUCUGGGGAUCUGCAGAGGGCAAAUGAGUGGCUUCGUCAACAUCUGUGUGCACAAGACCAAGGAAGGAGACAAUAAAGGAUACCGAAAUUUACCUGGCACUUUUCCAGGAAGAGAAGCAAAAACGCGAGCUGGUUCCUAGCUAUGACGCAGGUGGCGAAGUUCCCCACGCCGUAACACACGCACUUCAAGUGGCAGGCUCCUGUGACUGGGGUCUCCUCUGGGACCGAGUCAGGGGCCACAUCUGACUCACCUGGUGAUGCGUCGAGAUGCAGGUUUCCAAGGGCUUCUGACAGGGGCCCCACAGGGGCCUUCAGCUGUUCCAGAUACUUCCUAAGACACCUGUGGAUGGUUUCUGAAAGAGCAGGCCCAGUACAGUCAGCGGGCAGCUCUGAGCCUGAGAACUGAAUCCUCCACGGACCCAGCGAGAAGAGGAGCAGGCUUGAAGAGCCUUCAGCUCCGCAGAGAAAAGGGCUGCUGGCCUCGCUCCCAAACAUGCCUGGGACACGCUGCCACGUCCACCCAGAACUGAUGGCUGUCCGGUCCCUGGCUACCCACAGCCUACAACCGAAGGGAAUGUUUCAAGCAAAAAUCAGGCUUCAUUCAUGGGCACGGUUUCCAUCUAAUGCUCAUUGUCAACUCAUUCUAAUUUAAUAAGCGGCAACCUGGUAAAUCCAAGUGAUGGUCUGAAAUACCUACUUUUUUUUAUAAUAAAAAAGAAUAGAGGGGCAGAGCUCUCAAAAUGACACUAUAAAUAACUGGGAAUAAGAAUAUUUAAUGUGUAAAAAACUAAAAAAAAAGGUAGGCUGGGGCUUCUAGACAGUAAUGAAAAAUACUCUUGUCUAAAUUGUUUCACAGAGUGGUGAGUUCUCUUGUCUCUCCUUCUCUUAUACUCGUACUGAAUUUAGCAGAACAAAUCUGUAUGUAGAACAAAACAAAAAGCAAACAGCCCUAUAUUCCCAUAAUAAGAUACCGGUUUUGACUUAUCAGCAAAGAUACCUUUAAGACCCAGGCUAGGAAAGGUUGCACGAAAAGCUGGCUUUUUUCAUCCAUGCUGGUCAAAGAAUCAGUAAAAGCUUUUUUUUGGAAAACAACUUGACAGUGGAUAUCAAGUUGAUCACUUCCACCUCUGGGAAUAUAUACUUAAAAGAUUACCCUAAAUUUGGUAAAAGCUUUAUGCAUAAAGGUGCUCAUUGAAAAAUUAUGUAUAUUGGGAAUUCCCUGGAGGUCCAGUGGUUAAGACUGUGCUUCCACUGCAGGGGGCAGGGGUUUGAUCCCUGGUUGGGGAACUGAGAUCCCACAUGCUGCAUGGUGCGGCUAAAAAAAUUCUUUUAAUUAAAAACAAAUUUUCAAGUUUUGAUUAUUACUGUUUUAAAAAAAGAAAAAUUAUGUACAAUAAAUUUUAAAAAAACAACAACAAAAAAGGAAACAAAGUGUCCCUCAAUAAAAAUU